AUGGCCGUACUCGAGAGCAAUGCAGUCUCCCGCGACGCCAAAUCCUCCGCACAAGACUCGUCUCCCCUCGCUCGGGUGAUGCGCGAGUUCGAGGAGCUCGUCAAGAGCUUCGAGACUGGCCUGCUGCGGUCGCUAGAGGACCACGGCCACAGCGACGUGAUAUCUGUGAAAAGUAGUAGCCGGCGCGAUGAAGUCCGUCGUGAGGCCUGCCGGCUGGCCAUCUCAGACCUUAGCAACCAAUACACACCCAAGUACAUUCGCCGGUCGCUCGAUGCGGCCGAGCUCGAGGGAAAGCGUGUGGAAGACCAGCUGCAGAGUCUCUCGCUCAACGGACAAGUCCAAGAUGACGAGAGCGACUUGGGCAGCCUGCACAAUGGCUACUUCCGCCUCUACUCCACUGAGCUGUUCGACCUUCUCGGUCAGCCCACCGACCUGCGCUUCGGCACCCUGCGCUUCCACAAGGACAACCUGAGCCACCACGAGACGCCCUCGCAACAACACCCCCCAUCGCCUCACGUCACCGUCGAACUCGCUCUCAACGACUCCUUCUUCGUCGCCGACUCAGAGGAGACGCUGCCCUACCACACUUUCCGCCUCCCUACAACACCCUCGCUACGGAAUCGCGGCAUACGUAGCAGGAAGUUUGACGAGGAGGGCACCUUCCCCGAGUACGACUCGUGGCUACUCUUCACCUUCCUCGGCAACGGCUGCAUUAAACUAGAGGUGCCCAUCGAGAUGUGCGCAGAUGUCUACGGAGGCCGUCUGCGGGGACGGGAAAAUGAGGAAGUCCUCUUCUGGGGAUUCUUUGUUGACGAUGACGAAUAG